AUGGCCAAAUUUAUGAUUGUCUUGUGCGCCUUGGUUGCCUGUGCCGCUGCCAAACCCGGUGUAGUUGCUCCUUUGGCUUACACAGCUCCUGUUGCUGCCGCAUAUGCCACUCCCUAUGCCGCUGCCUACAGCGCACCCUUGACUGCUGCCUACGCAGCUCCCUAUGCUGCCGCAUACACCGCUGCUGCCUACACUGCUCCCGUUGCCUAUACCGCUCCUGCUGCCGUUGCUGCUCCUUUGGCCUAUGCUAAUGCCCAUUUGGAUGCCGCCUAUGCCAGCAGCCGUGUCGAUGUAAAGCAAAACUAUAAUGCCGCUGUUGUUCCAGCCACUUAUGCUGCCGCUCCUGUAGCUGCUGCCGCCGUUGCCCCUGUUGCUGCUCCAGUUGCUCCUCUCAAGUACACCGCUCCAUUGGCCUACACCGGCCCAGCUGCUGCCGUCGCUGCUCCUUUGGCUUAUGCUAAUGCUCAUUUGGAUGCCGCCUAUGCCAGCAGCCGCGUCGAUGUUAAACAAAACUACAAUGCCGCUGUUGUUCCAGCCACUUAUGCCGCCGCUCCUGUUGCUGCUGCUGUAGCCCCAGUUGCUGCUGCCCCAGUUGCACCCCUUAAAUACACCGCUGCCCCAGUUUUGUUGUAA